GCGGGGGCGGGGCGGCGCCGGGGGCGGCGGGCGCAGGGUGAGGGCGGCCAUUGCUGGGGCUCCGGCGCGGGGCGGAGGACGCUGAGGGGGCGCCGGAGGCUGGGCGCCGGCCGGGGCCCAUGGCCAGGACCACCAGCCAGCUGUAUGACGCCGUCCCCAUUCAGUCCAGCGUCGUGUUAUGUUCCUGCCCAUCGCCAUCCAUGGUGAGGACCCAGACUGAGUCCAGUACAGCCCCUGGUGUCUCAAGCACUGGCAAGAGGCAGAACCCCACCAUGGAUGGCACCACAGCCGAGUCCCGGCCGAGUGCCACCUCCUUGCAGCAUGCUGCCCAGCCACCGCCCCAGCCUCGGAAGAAACGGCCUGAAGACUUCAAGUUUGGGAAAAUUCUGGGCGAAGGCUCUUUCUCGACCGUUGUCCUGGCUCGAGAACUGGCAACGUCCAGAGAAUAUGCUAUUAAAAUCCUGGAGAAGCGGCAUAUUAUAAAAGAGAACAAGGUUCCAUAUGUGACCAGAGAGCGGGAUGUGAUGUCGCGCCUGGAUCACCCCUUCUUUGUUAAGCUUUACUUCACUUUUCAGGAUGACGAAAAGCUCUAUUUUGGCCUUAGUUAUGCCAAAAAUGGAGAACUACUUAAAUAUAUUCGCAAAAUUGGUUCUUUUGAUGAGACCUGUACAAGAUUUUACACUGCAGAGAUUGUGUGUGCUCUGGAGUACCUGCACGGCAAGGGCGUCAUUCACAGGGACCUUAAACCAGAAAACAUCCUGUUAAAUGAAGACAUGCACAUACAAAUCACAGACUUUGGAACAGCCAAGGUGUUGUCUCCAGCGAGCAAGCAAGCCAGGGCCAACUCGUUCGUAGGAACGGCGCAGUAUGUUUCUCCAGAGCUGCUCACGGAGAAAUCAGCUUGUAAAAGUUCAGACCUUUGGGCUCUAGGAUGCAUAAUAUACCAGCUUGUGGCAGGAUUACCACCGUUCCGAGCCGGAAAUGAGUAUCUUAUAUUUCAGAAGAUCAUUAAGUUGGAAUAUGACUUUCCAGAAAAAUUCUUCCCUAAGGCAAGAGACCUUGUGGAAAAGCUCUUGGUUUUAGAUGCCACGAAGCGGUUAGGCUGUGAGGAGAUGGACGGGUAUGGCCCUCUCAGAGCUCAUCCCUUCUUCGAGUCCAUCACGUGGGAGAACCUGCAUCAGCAGACAGCCCCGAAGCUGACCGCCUACCUCCCGGCCAUGUCUGAGGACGACGAGGACUGCUAUGGCAAUUACGAUAACCUCCUGAGCCAGUUUGGCUGCAUGCAGGUGUCAGCCUCGUCCUCCUCCCACUCCCUGUCUGCCACAGACGCCGGCCUGACCCCGAGCUCCGGCAGCAACAUAGAGCAGUACAUCCACGAUUUGGACACCAAUUCUUUUGAACUGGACUUACAGUUUUCUGAAGAUGAGAAGAGGUUGUUACUGGAGAAGCAGGCUGGUGGAAACCCCUGGCACCAGUUUGUAGAAAAUAAUUUAAUACUAAAAAUGGGCCCAGUGGAUAAGCGAAAGGGUUUAUUUGCACGACGAAGACAGUUACUGCUCACAGAAGGGCCACAUUUAUAUUACGUGGAUCCUGUCAACAAAGUCCUGAAAGGUGAAAUCCCGUGGUCACAGGAACUCCGCCCAGAGGCCAAGAAUUUUAAAACCUUCUUUGUGCACACACCCAACAGGACAUACUACCUGAUGGACCCCAGCGGUAACGCGCAUAAGUGGUGCCGGAAGAUCCAGGAGGUGUGGAGACAGCGGUACCAGAGCCACCCUGAUGCCGCCGUGCAGUGACAGCCCUGCGGCCGGGCUGCCCUUGGCUGCCAGGACACGUGCCCCAGUGCGGCUCGGCCGCCCCACAGGACGCUGUCAGACCACCUGCCAGCCAUCUCAAGGGGAACACAGACAGCGCAAACCUUGCAGCUUUUUUAUUUAAAAGAAAAGAAAAAAAAAUUACCCAACCACACAAAGAACAAAAUCCAUAACAAAAAGGAAUUCAGGGUC